GUGCAACCGGCGCGGGCGCGGCGGGGAUGGCGCGGGUGGCGGCACCCCCGGGGCGGUGGGCCGGCUGAAGGCACCGGGAAGGCGCGCCGCGCGGCGAGGAGCGGCCCCUGGGAGCGGCCAGCGGCGGUGCGGGGCGCGCGGAGCAGCCCCAGGAGCUGAGUCCAGAUAAGCACCUCCGAGGCAGAGGCAGCUCCCCGCCGGCGGCUGCUUCCCGGCCAAUGAACUCCAUGAACCCAAUGAAACCCGCCCUGCCCCCCACGCCCCACGGUGAUGGUCCCUUCGCCUACGAAUCUGUGCCCUGGCAGCAAAGCGCCAACCAGCCAGCAGGGUCGCUGUCCGUGGUAACUACCGUGUGGGGUGUCAGCAACACAUCUCAGAGUCAGGUUUUGGGGAAUCCCAUGGGCCCUGGAGGGGACCCCGCUGGCAGCUCCAUGAUGCCGGGUGUGGCAGGCGGCAGCCCCGCCCUCAACUCACCCCAGUUCCUGGGACAGCAGGCCUUCGCUGAGGGCAGCACCAGCAAAGGCUACGUGCAGCAGGGGGUGUAUGGCCGUGGGGGCUACCCCGGAGGCCCCAGCUUCACCACAGGGUAUGCAGGUGGUCCAAGUGGCCCUGGGGGCCUGGGCCUCCCCUCGCACGCCUCCCGGCCCUCCACAGAUUUCACGCAAGCAGCAGCGGCCGCUGCCGUGGCUGCUGCUGCGGCCACAGCCACUGCCACCGCCACAGCCACUGUGGCUGCCCUCCAGGAGAAGCAGAGCCAGGAGCUGGGCCAGUAUGGAGCGAUGGGGGCUGGACAGUCAUUUAACAGCCAGUUCCUGCAGCAUGGGGGUCCCCGGGGGCCUGCCCUCUCCACUGGCAUGAACCCUCCCAGCAUGGGAGCAGUGAUGGGCCCCUCCAGCAACCCCUCUCUGGGCAUGAACCCUACCCGGGCAGCGGCCCUGACACCCCUGUAUGCGGGCCAGCGCCUGCCCCAGCAGGGGUACCCUGGGCCCCCCCAGGCCCAGCCGCUGCCCCGACAGGGGGUCAAGAGAGCCUACUCCGGCGAGGUGUAUCCGGGGCAGCAGUAUAUGCAAGGAGGCCAGUAUGCACCCAGCACUGCCCAGUACGCACCCAGCCCCGGGCAGCCCCCCGUGCCUGCACCCUCCUAUCCUGGGCACAGGCUGCCCCUGCAGCAGGGGAUGGGCCAGUACCUGCCCACUCCCGGCCCCCCAGGACUGCACUACAAGUCCGACCAGUUCAACGGGCAGAGCGCCAGCUUCAACAGCGGGAACUUCAACUACAGCCAACCCAGCAUGAGCGGGCCCACCCGCUCCAUGCCUGGCUACCCCAGCUCCCCCCUGCCGGGGAACCCCACGCCACCCAUGACCCCCAGCAGCAGCAUCCCCUACCUGUCUCCAAGCCAGGAAGUCAAGUCUCCCUUCCUGCCUGACCUCAAACCCACCGUGAGCUCUUUGCACCCAUCGCCCUCAGGAGCCAGCCCGUGCGACGAGCUGCGGCUGACCUUCCCCGUACGUGACGGAGUGGUCCUGGAGCCCUUCCGUCUGCAGCACAACCUAGCAGUGAGCAACCACGUCUUCCAGCUCCGUGACUCCGUCUACAGGACGCUAAUGCUCAGACCUGACCUUGAGCUGCAGUUCAAGUGCUACCACCACGAGGACCGGCAGAUGAACACCAACUGGCCAGCAUCCGUGCAGGUCAGCGUCAACGCCACGCCGCUCACCAUCGAGCGCGGUGACAACAAGACCUCCCACAAGCCCCUCUACCUGAAGCACGUGUGCCAGCCUGGCCGGAACACCAUCCAGAUCACUGUCACGGCCUGCUGCUGCUCCCACCUCUUCGUGCUGCAGCUGGUGCAUCGGCCCUCCGUGCGCUCUGUGCUGCAAGGCCUCAUCAAGAAGCGGCUCCUGCCCGCCGAGCACUGCAUCACCAAGAUCAAGCGGAACUUCAGCAGUGGCACCAUCCCAGGCACCCCGGGGCCCAACGGGGAGGACGGCGUGGAGCAGACAGCCAUCAAGGUGUCCCUGAAGUGCCCCAUCACCUUCCGCAGGAUCCAGCUCCCUGCCCGUGGCCACGACUGUCGGCACAUACAGUGCUUCGACCUGGAGUCCUACCUGCAGCUGAACUGUGAGCGGGGGACCUGGAGAUGUCCUGUCUGCAAUAAGACGGCGUUGCUAGAGGGCCUGGAGGUGGACCAGUACAUGCUGGGGAUUCUUAUUUAUAUUCAAAACUCGGACCACGAGGAGAUCACCAUUGACCCCGCGUGCAGCUGGAAGCCGGUGCCCGUGAAGCCUGACCUGCACGUGAAGGAGGAGCCGGACGGGCCGGUGCUGAAGCGCUGCCGCACCGUGAGCCCGGCCCACGUGCUGGUGCCCAGCGUCAUGGAGAUGGUGGCCGCCCUGGGCCCUGGUGCCUCCCCCUUCGCCCCGCCACCACCCCCCACAGCCCCAGUCCCCACCCCCAGCGACUACCCCAGCCAGGGUUCUGGCUUCCUGGGGCCCGGGAGUUUCCCCGACUCCUUCCCACCCACCACACCCAGCACCCCAACCCUGCCUGAAUUCACCCCGGGGCCCCCACCCAUCUCCUACCAGUCGGACAUUCCCAGCAGCCUCCUGACUCCAGAGAAACCUGCCUCCUGCCUCCCAGCCCAGAUGGCACCCGCCGGCCACCUGGACCCGGCCCACAACCCUGGGCCUCAGGGGCUACACAACCCCAACCUCGGGGCCCCCCCAGGACCCCAGCUCCACCACCAGAACCCGCCCCCACCAUCACGGCAGCCCCUGAGCCAAGCUGCGGGGCCUAGCGGGGAGCUGGCUUUCAACCCUGCUCCAGGUGUGAUGGGGCCAGGCAGCCUUUCGGGGGCGGGAGAGGCCCCAGAACCGGCUCUGGACCUGCUCCCAGAACUGACCAAUCCCGAUGAGCUGCUGUCGUACCUCGGCCCGCCCGACCUCCCCACCAACAGCAAUGACGACCUGCUGUCACUCUUUGAGAACAACUGAAGGACCCCAUGUUCACCCCGACCCCGCUGGGAUGUGCUUGCACAUCUCAGAGAGGGGCCUGCCCAGCCCCCGUGGGGCACACGGGGGUCCUCCCCACCCUUCCUCACACACACACCCGCAGCCAGGGCACCAGCUGCCUGGCUGCAGCCCCCAAACUCAGAGCAGCCCUGGGGACCGUCGCAGGGGGCUGCCAGCCGGGCAGCUGGCCCCCACCUCAUCCCCCGUCAUGCUCACUACCACAGAAAUGAUUUUUGCUGAGGCACCCUGCCCACCCCACCUCAUCCACACUCGUGCUGACACUGCCCUUGUCUCCUGGGCCCCCAGCCCCGUCCUGCCCCGAUGCCUGCUGCGCCCAGGCCUGCGUUGUGUUCCUUGACGGUGGCAGAGCCGGCGAGGGGCGAGGCUUGCUCUGUCCGCCGGCCUGUUGGACGUUCGGGGGGCUCCUGGCUGAAGUCCCUGGGCCCCGGAGUCUCAUCUCUGGGAACCACAUUGAACCCUGGCCUUUCAGGGGCGACAGGCGCUCUCCCAGCCCACCCCAUCUGUGGUGCCCCCUCCCCUCCCCUAAGCUUCCAGCGGGGAGGCUGUAAAGCACAACACUGUACAGAGUGCAGAAACACUACAAGCUGAGAAAGAGGGGACAUGCUGUGUAAAGGCAGCAGGCCCCUCUCUGGUACAGCCAGGGUUCCCGGUGCUCCUUUCCUUGGGCCGACAGCCCCCAGGGGACGGUGAGCUCCCUGGAGGGGACAUGGGCGUCCCAGGCCCAGCUCUGCACAGAAAUUCUCUGGCGGGCUGCUCUUGCAAGUCCCCUUUGUCCAUGACAGUGAAGAAUUGGUACAGCUGUGAUUUUUAAAACCACCUUUCCCAUACCCAUCCGUAAGCCGGGUCCCGGUGGCAGGGGGCCUUGUGAGCGAGUGUGUGCGUGUGUGAGCAGGCCCGCAGGGCCCCUGUCUAUCCUGUCUCUGUAUCGGUCUCCAUUAAAGGACUCCCUGUUGGGUCUUGCUCGGCA